CUCAUCACUCUUCCUUUUCCUUCCUACCUUUCUACUUUCUAUUGCCACCCAGGAUGCCUAUCCCUAUCUUCCUGCAGAGUCUUCUCUGCCGGACAGAUGCUGCCCCUCGUAUUGACCCACUUCCCGCCGGAUACUCGUCUACACCCCUGGCGAGGAGUGUACUUGGGCCCACAUUUGUACCUCUUCAACUUCCUCCUGACGGACAUAUGGACCCGGAUACGUUUAAGGACAUCACUGAGGCAAAACUGAAGACUGAUCUGGUUCUGUCGCACAUGAGACUCGUGCUCGCUGCUCAGACUCAGGGUGGAAGGCGUACAACGGAUACGAAUGACUGGAACCUCAUCUACAACUGCAUACGAGAUUAUUCUGAGCAAAUUCUUACUCGGUGGCUCAAUACUUAUGCCAACCAUACUGCCGCCCUUCGCCAGCUUCAGCAAGCUGGACUGUACCCACCCCAACAUGUCGCAUCUGGACCACACAGGGUAGGCGAUCAGACAAUGUACGCGCCUGUCAAAUCUCGAAGCAGCCAAUAUGUUCCUCCGCCUCUCAUACGGCAAAGCCCACUCUCCGUUGUGAGCCGUGACAUCACUCCUGAAAACGCCAUUGCAGCUCCUGGAACGUCAAGGAUGCAGCCUAUCAGUGCUCAGUCUAAAGGGGGUAUCCCUCCGCCUUUGCCAGAGAAGACUAAGCCAUUCCCAAGUUCUCGACCGACCUCUUCUCAAUUCCCACUUGCUGAUAAGCCACUUGCACCCUUGAAAUAUGGGGAUCCAAGGCCUCGCCCUGCUUCGUGGCAAGCAAUGCCUGAAACUACCGGUGCCUUGUUCAAGGCGUUGAAGAGGUUAUCCGAAAGUGAAGGAUUGAUCCCUCAAGAGUAUGCUCAGCUUCUCGAACGCGCAUCCCGUCAAGAGGUAUCUCCGACUGAAAAUCAGCCAGCGACUGGAGACAGCAUUCCUUCAAGUCCUUUACAAUCGUACACCCCUGCUGGAUCUGUUUCUGCGGUCAAAAUUACAGACGAACACAAGAAGACUAUUCGCAGAAUCAGGCCGCCCUCUCGUGAUACGGCCUCUCGCCAUGGCGCCGAUGAUGGGAAUAACACAUAUAAUCACCUGAAUAAAACCUCUCCGACCACUUCCAACACUCCGAUCAGUUACUCCGGAAACUCAACUCCGAGAUUGACACCUACAGCAGAGACGUUCUCUCAAGGAAAGGUUAACGAUCAACCGAUCUUCAAAUGCCUCCCCACGCCGCCACCAAAAAUGGACAUCAUUUCACUGGCCCCAACGAACUCAGUUCUCGAAACUCCUGGUCUUACCCCUCUUUCGCAGAAGGAACCAUUUCCCAUUCGCGAGCCUCACCCUACACCUACGGAGCUUACUCAGAGGGAUUCAAAAACCUCACGGACGCCUCCUCCCAAGUCACCCGCUCGGGUUGCAGCAAAUUUGGUUCGAGAAAAGGCUGCCUUGAAUACUGCUCCAGAAGCUAUCAGUCUUCAACCUCCAGAUCACGAUCUGCCACUGUAUGCAAACGUCAAUCCCGGCCAUACUCUUCUAGCAGAGAAUGAAUCCGUCAACGUUCGGGCACCUUAUACCGCAACAUCUGAGGAAACCAAGCCUGAAAUUCAUAUCGAAGUACCGACACCUAACAGCGUUACAUCAGGUCUGACCCCACUUUCAGAAACUGAACCAAUCAGUAUCCGUGAACCUCACCCAACCCCCAUAGAUGCGGAAAGGAGGGACCUUCAAAACGCCUUGACGCCACCACCACCAAAAGCACUCAGCGCAGCUUCGACCCCAUGUGGAGGAUACAAAACACCUGAUGGUAGCCCCGUCAAAGCGGCAAUCUCGGGUUUCAAAAAACUUGUUGAGAAGGCAAAAUCUUCCCGAGAGCCCGUCAGCGAACGUACAGAGGAGAAUGCCAAGGCACGUAGAGUGGUACAGGAAGUCGUUGGGAGUCCCCAAUUAGCGGACGUGGUGGACUGUGAUGGGAAGAGCAGCGACCAGUCAAGAGGUGAACUGUAAGUAACUUAGGAAAGAUGGCUCUUCACCUCAUAACUUGCCAACUUUAGAGUCAGUAUAAAUUAUAAAUAACGCUGAGAAAUGAAAGCAAGUGUACAUAUCUGAAGACUUUAACACCGAAAUCAUUCCUCUGUGUUGAAUGGGGAGAAACCUUAUACCUAUAAUCUAAGUCAUCAUUAACCGUCGUUUGACGGCUCCAACCAGCAAUCUGUAGGGAAUGUAAUCUGUCCAUGUA